AUGACUCCAUCUCAAGACAUCAAGGAUUCCUUUGAAGAGAGUCUGAAACUCAAUUCUCAAGAAAAAACCAAUACUCAUAUACAGCUGGACUUCACCUCUUCCGAGAACAAUCAAAAGACCGAGAGCGGAGCUACUACAGUCCCUCCUGCAUUCUUCCCAGGCUUUGUAACAGCAGGAUCCAACAAAGUUAUCACAGUCACAGCUGCUGCUUUGGAAGCAGCGCAACGUCGUUUGAACGAGAUCUCAGAAUCCGAAGUUCAACUGUUCGUCUACAGUCUAUCGCCCACAUAG